AAUGAAAACUAUUAAUCCUUACAACAUUUCUUACGAGCCCACGAGGUAGCGAGUUAUCGAGUCAGGUGUGGCGUUAAAAAAAAUAAACUAACAAGUAAAGGCGUGACCGCACCAACGCGGUGGUCACGUGGAAGAAGAUGGCUGCUGCCAAGGGAGCUUUGAUUUGUUAGUCACCACGCAUGCGCACAGAUCACCGUACCGCAAGAUGGCGGCUUCCAGGGGCACCAUGUUACUGCGAAGGGCCGCGGGAAGCCUGCCUGGGCUGGCUCUGCUCCCGAGGCUCUUCUGGGCCCAGGCUGCUCCUGCUGCCUCGCUCCUGCGGCUCCAGCGCCCGCUGCUCCGGGUGUUCAGCACAGAGACGGACCCAGUCGCCUCAGCAGAGCCAGUCGCCUUUGACACCGAAUCGCGCUUUAAGGAGAAACCCUGGGAGUAUCUAGAGACGGAAGAGUACAUCGAGAGAUAUGGCGACAAGCCCGUCUGGUUCGGCUAUCGACGUAACCACAAGGGAUCCAUCCCCCCUCAGAAGACCCGCAAGACCUGCAUAAGAGGAAAGACGACUGCGGGGAACCCCUGCCCCAUCUGCCGAGACAAGAAACUCCACGUGGACUACAGGAACGUGAAGCUCCUGGAGCAGUUUGUCUGCUCCCACACGGGUGUCACCUUCCAUCCCACCCGCACAGGCGUCUGCAUGAAGCAGCAUAAACGCUUGACCCAGGCGAUUGACCAAGCUCGUGACCAUGGGCUCUUGAGCUUCCGCAUCCCCUUGGUGACGCUGCAGGGAGAGGACUACAGCAACCAGCACCAGGCUGUGACCAAGACGCCCCCCGCCCCCUCCCUGCAGAGCCAGGCACCUUGGUACCCCUGGUACGAGUGGCAGCAGCCGCCCGAAAAGGACAUUGCCAGGAUCCGCAGGAUAUACAAGAACUAUCUGAAGGAGGAGACUGGCCCGGCAUGAGGGCCCAGGGCAGGACUGGAUGGAGUGUCCUGGGGCAUGGGCCACUCCUGGGGGAGCUUGGGCCUUCGGCCUCACCUGACGAGCCAGCCCUAGUCCCCACCCCUGCAGGGAUAGCGCUGGAGCUGCCCAGCUCCCGGCCAUGACUUGUCCAAGCCUUCAGUGGGGAAUAAACUGGAAGCUGCCA